AUGUCGCGACCCGCAUUCAUUUAUGGAGGACCGCCAGAAGUGAACUUCGGAGCACUGGGUUUCAUUAUUACUCACAAAUUGAUGCACGGUUUCGAUGUUACCGGAAGGCUGUUCGACGGUCUGGGUGAGCUCAACGACUGGUUCACGGACAUGAGUAGAAACGCGUACGAGGAAAGGGAAAUUUGUCACGCCAGGAGCAUAGAGAAUUCUCCCAAAGCAAGGCACUUCGUGGAUUACCCUGGCGAAUACCUUGCGGACACCAUGGGUACCGAUUCUCUCCUAAAGGCGUACAAGAAGGCAUCCUUAAACUCGACAGUUACGCUAUGUGACGUCAAGGGGCUGACUAGCGAUCAGCUGUUCUACGUAUCCCGGUGCUUGGUCUGGUGCGGAAAAAUCUUUCCUGACACCACCCAUCCCCCACUUGAUGAGAGGUGCAAUGUUCCUCUAAUGAACUCCGACCACUUUAGUGACACAUUCAGGUGUCCCACCGGAGCUCCAAUGAAUUCGCCAAUAAAAUGUCGCUUUUGGUAG